AUGUCCUCCUCGCCCCCCUCUAGAGAAGAAGCAGAAGAUCUUACCCUCCCAACAGACCUCUUCACUGAGCCCCCCGACUUCCGCCCCGCCGACAAACCCGCCACCACGGUCUCACACACCCUCACCACCCCGCCCUUCGAGGACCUAACCCUCCGCCUGGUCGGUCACAACCCGCUAUGGGGGCACAUGCUCUGGAACGCUGGUAGGGUCGUGAGCACGUAUUUAGAGGCGCACACGGGCUUGGUUUUGGGAAAGCGGGUCUUGGAGUUGGGUGCUGGGGCGGGGUUGCCCAGUCUUGUUUGUGCACUAAGGGGUGCUGGGGAGGUUUGUUCCCUUUGGGCGCUUUUCACAUGAAGGGAGGAAGGAAGGAAGGAGCGCUGAUGGAGGGUAGGUAGGUAGUUGUGACGGACUAUCCGGAUCCAGAGCUAGUGUCCAAUCUUGUGCAUAAUGUAUCGACACUUCCGCAGCCCGCCCAAGGCAGCACCGUGGCCAAGGGGUACGUCUGGGGGCGGGAUGUGACAGAGCUUGGCGGCCCCUUUGAUACGCUAAUUCUCAGCGAUUUGCUCUUCAACCAUUCGGAGCACCAAGCGCUGCUAAAGAGUGUCGUUUGUUGUUUGAAGAAGACUGCUGAUUCGAGGGCCUUGGUGUUUUUCACACCACAUAGGCCUUGGCUAUAUGAGAAGGAUUUAGCGUUCUUUGAUGUUGCAAGGGGGGCGGGGUUUGCGGUCGAGAAGGUGCUAGAGGAGGUGUUGAUUGGUCCGAUGUUUGAAGAGGAUCCUGGGGUGGGUUUUUGGUAUUCUUCGGAUUGAGAGAGGACUAAUCGGUGGUUUAGGAUCGGGAAUUGAGGAGGACGGUGUUCGGGUAUUUGAUGAGGUGGGAGGAGAUAUUAUGAGGGGAUUAGGGGCUCACCGGGGGGGGUUUUAUCUUGUGGGACUCUUUAGACAGCAUGGAAGCACCUAUCUAUAGAAUAAAGGCACAGGUAUGUACAGUAGUAGAUAGAAACC